AUGUCGGAACCACGUUUCAGCGCGAAAUCGAACUGGUUAAAGCCAAGGCUCACGGACGCCAACAUCAAGCUGCGCCUGGAGUUUGCAAUGUCCUUCCUUCGGUCUGGGCCUGGUGAUCGUCGAGUGUUUUCCGACAUGCAUGAUAUCGUCCAUGUAGAUGAAAAGUGGUUCUACCUCACCAAGAACAAGAACGUGUAUUACAUUUACGACGAUGAGGUGCUGGCCAUUCGGUCGGUGCAAUCCAAGAGCCACAUUACCAAGGCCUCGGUACGACUUCGCCCGCCGAGAAAUGUUUGA